UAUUACGUUUCUAACCAGUCUUUGAGUGGAAUAAUGCAGCUACUAUCGAUACUUCUGUUAUUUUUAACUGGACAGAUAUUUGUCGUGAACAGCUCAUGCUGCUCUAAACUUGAAAAUUCCUUGUUUGACGACUUAAUUGGAAUGAUGUUAAAGCUCAAAGGAACAGGAGGACAUGGAACGAGAAUAGAAUUGAGUCCAAACAAAAUGCCUGCAUUCACAGCAUACAGGGACACCGUACAAGAUUUAUCGUCUAGGGAAAUUGUAAGGUUUGAUAAAGUUUGGACAAACAACUUAAAUGCAUAUGAUGUCACUACUGGUGUCUUUACUGCUCCAAUAACAGGACUCUAUCAUUUUUCUGCAGUUGUAAUGUCAGAAGCUGGAAAAAAUUUAUUUCUACAUUUAUGGCAUAAUGAUACAAGGACGGCUGCAAGUUACACUCAUGGCGAUGGUUAUAAAACUGGAACCUUUGAUAUUGUGCUUAACGUGAAGAAAGAUGACCGCAUCUAUAUACGUUGUCGUGGAAAUGACAAUCAACGAAUCUUCAGUAAUGCUGAUAGCUACAUUACGUUCUCUGGUUAUCUUAUUGCUAAAUAAAAAUAAUUUAACAACCAG